GACUAUGAACUCUAUGACUAUUAUUCGCUAUCUGUCGAAGGGUUUCCUCUCAAGGCGCGAUGCUACUUGGACCACUUUUGUCGUCCUCUGUUUGAAGAAGCCCUCUUUCUUGUGGAGGUCUCCCUCUUGGCUGUAGACGUUAUCGCCCUGACACGCGUCGUCGCUGCCGUCGGAUACCACCGGUACACUAGUCGUCGUUGUCGGACGACAUCACGACAACACAACACGUUGUCGCUCUUGAGGGCUACAACGACAAGUCGUUGUUUUCUAUUGACACAAGGAAAACAACCCUUCGUUUCAGGUAACAAGACAGCACAACACUUCGUCGGAGGUAACAACACUUCGUCUCAGGUAACAAGACAGAACAACACUUCGACGCAGGUAACAAGACAGCACAACCCUUCGUCGCGGAUACCACGAUAUCUCAACACAUCGGCGUCCGCUUGGAUAGCACAACAGCACAACAUUCUCGGCGGAUACCACGACAAUACUACACUUCGUUGCUGUCGGCGGAUACCACGACAACAGUUCCUCCAUCCGCACCAAACAGAGCAUCAUGUGGCUGGUGGGGCUAGGCCUGUUUAGUGGGGUGCUGUUGCUAUGUAAACUGAACUCAAAGUUCCAGUUGUAUGUAAAGUUCACGACGUACUACACCGUCAUGUCAACAGCUGCUGUCGUGGUGAUGUUGCUGUCGUUGUUCAGUCCCGGUAACGUCAACAACCUCAGAUAUCUGAUCCCGGGUUCAACAUCUGUAGUGGUUUGUUUGGUAUCCGUGCAGAGUUGAAAGAUAUACACAACUUGAAGUCAGACAAGCCCUACAUCCUCGUGUCCAACCACCAGAGCUCGCUGGACUUCCUAGGUGUGGCCAUGAUGAUUCCCCUCGGGUGUACAUUCCUUGCGAAGAAGGAGCUGCUCUACUCCGGUCCGUUCGGCCUGGCGUGUUGGCUAUGUGGUUGUGUCUUCAUCGACCGCGUGCACCACGACAGCGCCAUCUCCACCAUGGUUGACAUCGCGAGAACCAUCGAGAGGAAGAAUGUGAUCGUCUGGAUUUUCCCUGAAGGAAAACGCAAUCCUAAGAAAGGACUGCAACCAUUUAAGAAAGGAGCAUUUCACUUAGCAGUACAAGCACAGGUGCCAGUCGUCCCCGUGGUGUUUUCAGGCUACCCUUUCUAUGAAAAGAAGAAACGGCUUGACGCAGGAAGUUUCACAAUCACAGCGCUUCCGCCGGUGUCUACAGCGGGGAUGACGGUGGACGACGUCGGCGCCCUCACUGAAGAUAUACGACAACAGAUGCUGGAUGUUUACAAUAAAACAACGUCGUAGCAUCCUCAUGCGUCGAGAUAUGUAUAACCUCACGAUGUAACUUGUGGCGGUAAACAAUGCAAUGGGACAGUUACAAGGUGCCGCCUGCACUUUCAACAAACGGCGCUAUUUACAAGGUCAAGGUCGUUAUGUCCAAGUUUUGUAUAGAAUAAACACCCUUUCCAACGUCAAA